CGUAUUAUAAUUCUAAAAUUACUCACAUAUAUAACGGAUUCAAACUGGUUAGUAUGGAAAAAAAGCCGAAGAAUUUAGAGAAGGAAUUUGUUUCUAAUAGAUAUCAGCGUCAUGUCAUGAUUUUUACUGUUAAAUCAGAAGAUGUGAAUUAAAGAUUAAUUUAUAUGAAAGAGUUAGAAAAAAGAAAACAAGUAUAUUGAAUAUGCGGAGAAUGUAAUGAACUUAGAACAGGGUGGAAAUAGUGUCAACCUUAUGAUGCUAAAAGAUUUAAGGAUAACUUUAAAAAUGAGACUAGUGGAAAUAAAGAUAUUGACAAAUUUAUACAACACACAACUUAAUGUUAUACAUCAUGAAAAAUGCCCUGAAUGGAUAAUUUUUGAAAAAUUUCAAAAUAUCACUUACUAUAUUGCAGAAGGAGGUUUUAGUAAGAUUUAUACAACAGAGUGGUCUGAAGGAUUAUAUUUGAAAAUCAAAAAUGGGUUUAAUAAAUAUACUAAAUAUAAUAAAUAUGUAUUGAAAAGUUUAAAUAACUCUUCUGAAAUAAGUACAAAUGAGGUUAAAACUCAUCUUCAGAUUUAUCUUUAUGAGGUUGUUCAUUAUAUAGAUUAUGAAGCAGAUAUUCAUAAUGCUGGAUUUAUCCAUAAAGCAAAUAAGCAAACAGUUAAAGAAGAAGGAAUUUAUGGAGUAUUGCCAUAUAUUGCACAAAAAAUUUUAUGUGGAUAUCAAUAUACAAAAGCGGCAGAUAUUUACUCAUUUGGAAUAAUAAUAAUGAACGAAUUUCUUUCUAAAGAAAUUCCUUUUAAUGAUAUUCCUCAUGACGUACUUUUGUUGAUAGAAUUUUUAAAUAUAAAAUAUGUAACAACAAUUUCUAAAGAUGUACCAAAAUUACUUGCAGAUUUGAUAAUAAAAUGUUGGGAUGCUGAAAUAGAAAAUAGAACAGUUCAUAUUUUAGAUAAAGCAGAGAAUACGAUCUUAUCCACUAUAUGGAAUAAUAUUGAAGAAUUAAAACGUAAAGAAAUUGUUAUUUGUACUUCUGAUAUGCAACGGACAAUUCCCACUUUAAGACGUGUUACGAUUUGUGUUACUUGA